AAAAGAUGGGGAGAAGGCUCUUCAUUCAUCAAGGAAAGCACCCAAUGAAAGAAAGAGUCAGCUCUAAACACUUAGCAUGCCUGGGACACAUGACAGCAGCUAACUGAACCAUAAUCAACUGUGAAUCUUCCCCUUGCCCUUGUGGCUUCUCAGGGGAGGAGGAGCCAGAGAACAUGCUUAGCAAGUGAAGGAUGGGAGAAGACGAAAGGCUGUGCCUCUGAACCCUGGAAAGCGUGACUGUUCCAAGAGGCUGAGCAGUCUAAUAGUCACCAGAGGAUGUUUUAUUUUCUGAAUGUGACCAGAACCAUAGGGAACUGAGUUCUCAUCCAAGGGGGUUUAGAGUGAAACAUAAUAGUGGGAAGUGUGAACACACUGUUGCAAGCAGAGAGAAGGAUGUGUUAUUCUGCGGGUGUCUCUCAUCUGUCUGUCUUCUGAGCCCAGGCCAUAAAAUAUUCCAGAAAACAAUAGCCCAGCCCAUGCCUUGAUGAUCAUAAAACAUGAAGAAAAGAAGUUUGCCUGCAGUGUCCCCGAACCAGUGAUUUCACGAGUGCAUCAGCUCAUACUGUGUAGACACCUCCUGCUGUGUCUUUUACUCCCUGAUUCCCUCUCCUCCAGUAAGUGCAAUUCUCACAAAUCUCUCAAUCAGAAGGUCUGACCCUGAAAAGCUCUCUGGCUUCCUCUUGUCAUGGGAUUGUUCAACGUCACUCACCCUGCUUUCUUCCUUCUGACUGGCAUUCCCGGUCUGGAGAGUUCUCAGAUCUGGCUAGCCGGUCCCCUCUGUGUGAUGUAUGCCGUGGCUCUUGGGGGCAACGCAGUGAUCCUGCAGGCGGUGCGAGUGGAGCCCAGCCUGCACGAGCCCAUGUACUACUUCCUGUCCCUGCUGUCCUUCAGUGAUGUGGCCAUGUCCAUGGCCACACUGCCUACCGUGCUCAGGACCUUCUGCCUCAAUGCCCGCAACAUUGAUUUCCAUGCCUGUCUCAUCCAGAUGUUUCUCAUCCAUUCCUUCUCCAUGAUGGAGUCAGGCAUUCUGCUGGCCAUGAGCUUUGACCGCUACGUGGCCAUUUGUGACCCCUUGCGCUAUGCGACUGUGCUCACCAACGAAGUCAUUGCUGGAAUGGGUUUAGUGGUGAUUGCUCGGAGCUUCGUCACCCUCUUUCCCCUUCCCUUCCUCAUCAAGAGGCUGCCUAUCUGCAGAUCCAAUGUCCUUUCCCACUCUUACUGCCUUCACCCAGACAUGAUGAAGCUGGCCUGUGCUGAUAUCACUAUCAACAGCAUCUAUGGACUCUUUGUUCUCAUAUCCACCUUUGGCAUGGACCUCUUAUGUAUCUUCCUCUCCUAUGUGCUCAUUCUGCGCUCGGUCAUGGCCAUUGCUUCCCAUGAAGAACGCCUCAAAGCUCUCAACACGUGUGUGGCACAUAUCUUGGCUGUACUUGCGUUUUAUGUGCCAAUGAUCGGGGUCUCCACAGUGCACCGCUUUGGGAAAAAUGCCCCACGCUACAUACAUGUCGUCUUGUCCAAUGUCUACCUCUUUGUACCUCCUGUGCUCAACCCUCUCACUUAUAGCGCCAAGACCAAGGAGAUCCGCCGAGCCAUUGUCCGCGUGUUUCACCGCAUCGAAAUGUGACUUCACAUUUGGCUUAUAAUCUGUUGGUUACUGUAGCCAUAGGCUGUCAUCCGUGGGGUCAUUUUCAUCAUCAUUAUCAUCAUCAUAUCAUCAUAAUGAAUAAGAUAGACUUUUUAUACUGAGAGAAAAGUAAAAGAUCAGGAAUGGAGCUGCAAAACAUAGCACAAAACAAGUGAUCAGUCCAUUCAGGAAACAGUGGCAUUUAUAGAAAGAUAAAUGUUAGAGGAAAUUGAGUGACCAGACAAAACCUUACAAAGGGGAUUAAUCUAAGCUAGGAAUCAUUUUCUAUUAUAAUAAAAGUUACUAAUACAACAGAAAUUAUUAUAGUAUUGGGUUUCUAAAAGUACUGAG